AGGCACUAUGAGUAUCUACGACCUGAGCGACCCCCUCCUCCUCCAGAUCUUCCAGUACCUGGACCAUCGUGACGUCUGCCUCGCCUUACGCCAGACGUGUCAGCAGUGGCACCGCCUCAGCUACGACUUCACGCUCUGGCAGCGUCUCCGCUUCUCCGGCUUCAACCAGCUGCGAAACGAACACUUCCUGCCCCUCUUGCGUUACUACGGCGACAGCAUACAGGAGAUCGACAUCAGCGGGUGCAAAGGACUAGACGCUCUCGGGUUUCACGCCAUCUCAGAACACUGUAAAAGCUUGAGGAAGCUGGACUUAUCCGGCACCUACAUUGCAGGAGAAGCCUUUCUGAAGAUUUGUGAAGAGUGCCCCAAAAUCAAGGAGUUGAACAUCUUCGACUGUCAUUUCAUAUCGUACAAAGUGCUCUCUUCUAUACCAACGUGUCUACAAGGGCUGAGGAAGCUUAGCAUGCUAAAUCGGUUAGAUCCGCUACAGUACGUACUGAACAGGAGUUCCGUCAUCUCGGUGUAUCAGUCUCUGAUCAAGAACUGUAAGGAGCUAGUCGAACUUGACUGCAAGGCGUCAGACUUUGUCGAAGAUGAUAUCUUUACUGACGGAAUAGCCAAUCUCUACACUCUGAAUCUGUCCCACUGUACGGGCAUUUCAGACGAAGGUAUCCAGUCUAUAGCGGUCAGCUGCAGUGCCCUACGUCACCUAAACCUGUCACAUACGUACAUCAGUAACAGGGGAAUGGAGGUCAUAGCGCGCUGCUGCAAGCGUCUCACACAUCUGAACGUUAGCGACUGCCGUAACGUCACUGACAUGGGCGUGUGCGUGGUGGCGCACAGCUGUCAUGAGCUCCGCCAUCUUGACGUGCACGGGGAAUCGUGGAUGGCGCUGCGACCACACAGCACGGGAAACAUCACCGACGUGGCGCUUAAGGUCCUUGCGUCGUGGUGUCCAAACCUGGAGUACCUUGACACCACGGGAUGUUGGGGGGUUACAGACGACGGCGUUCGCGCGAUCACCACGGCCUGUAAGAACCUUCGUCACCUUGAGGUACGUGGUUGUUUGUCUAUCAGCGACCAAUCGCUGAUCAGCCUCGCAGACAACUCCAGAGAGCUGCGAUCCCUCAACAUAUCGGAGUGCGUGAAAGUCACGUCCGCAGGUCUGAACCUCCUGAUGACAAAAUGCACCAAGCUGAAGUUCCUGAAAGCCGAAACCUGCCACUACCUCGCAAACUUGAGGUUCAGCUGCCAGGUGCAGCAUUCCGUCGGAUGUAGCUGCUCACAACUGCCUGCUAAGGACGUUCACGGGUCCUCCUUUACAGGGCAGAUCUUCCCCAAGACACUUGAAAGGCAUUUCCAGUGUAUAGAUGAAGCAAGCACUUCUUCAAAGGGGUUCCAAGCCCAAUGCAGACCUAAGCUGGAGAAGUGUCGGAUCACUCCGUGUGUGUUGAGCCAUUUGGACCUGUCGUUUUGCUCCAACGUUGCCGACGACUCCAUCCAGCAGGUGGCUUCUUUCUGCAGACAGCUGAAGUACCUGUCACUCAUGGGCUGUUACCUGGUAACCGACAAAGGGAUUGGUCACAUUGCUAAGCACUGCAAGGUCCUGGAGCAUCUCAACCUCUCAUGCAGCCGUACCCAGCGGUCCAAGCUAACCGACCAGACGCUAUCGGAGCUUGCAGAGGCGUGUCGUGCCCUUAAACACCUGAAUCUGUACAAUGGGGUCUGCUUCUCCGAGAAGGGUAUCGGUCAGCUGAUGACCCGGUGCUGGUCACUCAGGGAGCUGUGUUUGACCACCGGCACCCGGACCAAGCUGGACGCAGAAGUCAUUUGCAGGGCAAUCAUGGCGGCACGGGGAGACUGUAUCGGUAAGAUCGAGGCCGAGAUGGACUGUCAGCAGCGCUGGCCCUCGCUGCCGUCAUCGCCUCGCAUCGCUACCAUGGAGCGCAACAUCCUCUUCAAGUUCCCCAGGAAGAGCAACGUGUAGCGACCUCACGUAACCUUUAGAGUGCUAAGGUAGCUGUUUGGCCCCAAAUUUGUAUUUUGUAUCCAGUAAGGCAGCAGAGUUUAGAUGUGGUCACAUUGUAAUCUAUCUCCAAGCAGAUCCUACGGUAGCCUAAGAUAGUAUCAAAAGCUGGCAAAGGAGUGUAGCAGGCCUUGGAGUGUGUACAUGUAUCUGGUAGCCAAUGCACACUCCAAGGCUGGCUUCACUCCUUUGUCAGUUUUUGAUACAAUCUUAUGCUACCGUAGGAUCUGCUUAAGAUAAGUCAUUGGUCAAGUGACUGAGUGUGCUGUUGUUGCUGUGCUUAUAAAUUGAAGUUAGCUUGAAGUUAGCUUCCUAGAUGUAAAAGUAGCACAAACUUGUUUUCUUUCAGUAUUAGUAUCCAGUAUUGGAGUAAAGCACCAUAUGGUGUAAUGGCCCUGUGAUUUUUGUACAACAAAGUAUGAGCCUUCAUAUGCAAGAUCUAAAGGAAACUGUCAAGGAUAAUGAUUUAUGUAGUCUUUUGUUGCAAUGGUUUUGGAACUCAGGUGUUUCUGAUAUGUUUACAAGUAUCAUCACUUUUGAUGACUGUUUAUGGAUUUAUAAUUUUUAAUCAUCAUAAUGCAGUUAUAGAUUUUGAUAAAAUGAAUUAUUAUUUACAUGUAUAUGUAAGAAUAGGCAUCACAGUUCAGUUUGUUACUGCAGUGUAAGAAAAUUAACCCUAUCUCCCUAGACCCGACAUUUACUUAACCAGUUCAUAGUGUGAAUAAGUGCACGGCAGGGACAAGGUUUAAAAUUUUAUGUAGCAUGGAAAAGAAUUUCAUACAUUUUUAUCUAUCAGAAUAUAGAUACAAAUCAAAUGUCUUGCUGAGAUUAUUUUGUAUGUUCCUUUUUUUUUAUAAGCCAAUUAGGUUAUUCUUUAGGUGAGUGCUGUUUUGUGAUGUUUUUUUGUACAAUGUACUGUACUGCAGUUGCAUUUUGAGAAAGUUUUUUGUACAUUUUUCUGUGUUUAUAGAUACAAUUUAAAAGAGAUUUUCUAUGUAUGACCAUACUAUUUAAAUAUGAGUAAGUGUGCCCAUAUAGAGCUAUAUCACAGUUUUAGCC